CUAUCGGUUUCACUGGGAAGACUUCCGGUUGUGUGUCAUGGCGGCAUGGUAAAGCUUGCUCAAAGGGAAAAAUAACCAACCCGUACUGUCUUUUUUAGACAGCGGUUUGGGGAUUUAUUUCGGGCUUAACAUCGCCACGAACGUCCACAUUCGUAUUGGGAAUUGCAAGCACUCAUUAGCGGUCUCCAUCCGCUCGGCCAUGGCGGCACAUAAACCAGUGGAAUGGGUUCAGGCCGUGAUAAAUAGAUUCGACGAGCAGCUUCCCGUUAAAACAGGACAUCAGAACAACCACACCAAAGUCAGCACAGAGCACAACAAGGAAUGUCUCAUCAACAUCUCUAAGUACAAGUUCUCCCUCGUCAUCAGUGGCCUCACGAACAUACUAAAAAAUGUGAACAACAUGCGUAUAUUUGGGGAAGCUGCUGAGAAGAACCUCUACCUCUCCCAGCUAAUUAUCCUGGACACACUGGAGAAGUGCCUAGCAUCGCAAUCCAAGGACUGCCUACGCCUGGAUGAGACCAUGCUGGUGAAGCAGCUGCUGCCUGAGAUCUGUCACUUCAUCCACACGUACCGCGAGGGCCACCAGCACGCUGCAGAACUCCGUGCCUCCGCCUCAGGGGUCCUCUUCUCCCUCAGCUGCAACAACUUCAACGCCGUCUUCAGUCGCAUCUCCACCAGGUUGCAGGAGCUGACAGUCUGUUCAGAAGACACUGUGGAUGUCCAUGAUAUAGAGCUCAUGCAGUACAUCAAUGUGGACUGCUUCAAACUUAAAAGACUGCUCCAAGAAACGGUAUUCAAAUUCAAAGCCCUGAAGAAACCUGCCCAACUUGCUGUCAUUAACAGUUUGGAAAAGGCCUUUUGGAACUGGGUGGAGAACUACCCUGAUGAGUUUACCACGCUCUUCCAGAGACCACAGACAGACAUGGCAGAUGCUGCGGAGAGGCUGUUUGACCUGGUGGACAGCUUUGCUGAGAGUGCCAAGAGGAAGGCAGCGGUGUGGCCUCUACAGAUCAUUCUCCUCAUCCUCUGUCCCGAGAUCACACACGUCAUCUCUCGAGAGGUGGUGGAGGAGAGCAAGGCCAACAAGAAGCUGUUCCUGGAGAGCUUGAGGAAGGCCCUAGCAGGCCAGGGGGGCAGCAAGCAACUAACAGAGAGUGCUGCCAUCGCCUGUGUCAAACUGUGCAAGGCCUCCACCUACAUCAACUUGGAGGACCACUCCGGCAUCUUCCUCCUGGUGCAGUCCUUCGUGGUGGACCUCAAGGCGCUGCUCUUCAGCCCCACCAAGCCCUUCUCUCGCGGGGCAGGCAGCCAGAAUGCAGACGUGGACCUCAUGAUCGACUGCUUCGUCUCCUGUUUCCGUAUCAACCCUCACAACAAUCAGCACUUUAAGGUCUGUUUGGCCUCGUCCUCCCCCUCUACCUUUCACUUUGUUCUGGUCAACUCCCUGCACAGAAUCAUCACCAAUUCUGAUCUGGACUGGUGGUCUAAGAUUGAUGCAGUGUACUGCUACUCUGGAGAGCUGCGACUAAUGUUCUCAGACACUCUGAGCCGAGUGAUGCAAGGCCUUCACACACACGCCCCACUACGCAUGACACCGAGUCUGUCAUUUAAAGAGAAGAUGACCACCAGCCUUAAGUUCAAAGAGAGAACCACAGAUCUGGACACACGCAGCUACAAGUGCCUCCUCCUCGUCCUGGUCAAACUCAUCCACGCUGACCCCAAACUCAUGCUGCACAACCCAGGGAAGCAGGCUCAGGAGACUCAGAGCAGCACAGCAGAGCUGAUCGCAGGCCUGGUGCAGCUGGUGCCCUUGGCCAACACAGCCCAGCUCUCCCAGGAAGCCAUGGAGGCUCUGCUGGUGCUGCACCUGCCUGAGACCAUUGAGCUGUGGAACCCUGAGGCCCCCAUUGAAACCUUCUGGGACAUCAGCUCCCAGGUUCUCUUCCUGAUAUGUAAGAAGCUGAUUGGUCACCAGAUGGUGAACAGUACAGAGGUGUUGAAGUGGUUGAGGGAGAUCCUUAUCUGCAGGAACAAGUUCCUCCUCAAGAACAAGGAGUGUGCCACGCAGGGCAGUGGAAUCCCCAUCUGCAGACAGGCCCAGACCAAAUUGGAGGUGUGUCUAUACAUGUUUCUGUGGAGCCCUGACACCGAGGCCGUGCUGGUGGCCAUGUCCUGCUUCAGACACCUGUGUGAGGAGGCUGACAUCCGCUCCUCCGCUGACGAGGUGCCCGUCCAGACCAUCCUGCCCAACUACGCCACCUUCACAGAGUUCGCCUCCGUCAGCAACAUGAUGGCCACAGGACGCUCCACCCUGCAGAAGAGAGUGAUGGCCUUGUUGAGAAGGAUAGAGCACCCCACUACAGGAAACACUGAGGCAUGGGAGGACACGCUUGCAAAAUGGGAGCAGGACACCAAACAGAUUCUUAACUUCCCCAAAAACAAGGUGGAGGAUGGUCAGGAGUGGAUCAACAUGACAGGCUUCCUAUGUGCUCUGGGCGGGGUGUGUCUGUCUCAGCGCAGCAAGCCCUGUGGCCCCGCCGCCUACAGCCCCCCCAUGGGCCCCAUGAGCGAACGUAAGUACUCCAUGGUCUCUGUGGGCUCCUGUGAUGUCUCCAACGCUGGAACUUCAGCCACCUGCUCUUCCUCCACUGAGACCCCCCUGGGCAGGUUCCUGGACCGCCUGCUUGCUCUGCUGGUAUGUGGUCAUGAGAGGGUGGGUCUGCAUGUCCGCACCAAUGUCAAGGAGCUGCUAGGGCUGGAGCUCAGCCCGGUCCUGUACCACAUGCUCUUCAACAAGCUCAGGAACAGCAUCGGACGCUUCUUCGACACACAGGGGCCGGUCCCCAUCAAUGAUACUAACACACAGUUUGUAGAACAGACCAUCGCCAUCAUGAAGAACCUACUGGACAACCAUGCUGAGGGCAGCUCAGAGCACCUGGGACAGGCCAGCAUAGAGACCAUGAUGCUCAACCUGGUCAGGUACGUGCGUAUCCUCGGCAACACGUUGCAUGCCAUCCAGAUGAAGACCAAGCUGUGCCAGUUGGUGGAGGUAAUGAUGGAGAGACGAGACGACCUGUCCUUCUGCCAGGAGAUGAAGUUCAGGAACAAGAUGGUGGAGUACCUGACAGACUGGGUGAUGGGCACCUCCAACCAGGCUGCUGAUGACGAUAUCAAGUGUCUGACCAGAGACCUGGACCAGGCCAGUAUGGAGGCGGUGGUGUCUCUGUUAGCUGGCCUGCCUCUACAACCAGAGGAGGGAGACGGGGUGGAGCUGAUGGAGGCCAAGUCCCAGCUCUUCCUCAAGUACUUUACCCUGUUUAUGAACCUGCUGAAUGACUGCAGUGAGGUGGAGGAUGAUGGCCAGCCGGUGGUUGGGAGGAAGAGGGGCAUGUCUCGACGCCUGGCCUCCCUCAGACACUGUACUGUCCUGGCCAUGUCCAACCUCCUCAACGCCAACGUGGACAGCGGACUAAUGCACUCUAUCGGUCUGGGCUACCAUAAGGACCUGCAGACACGGGCCACCUUCAUGGAGGUUCUGACUAAGAUCCUCCAGCAGGGGACAGAGUUUGACACACUGGCAGAGACGGUGCUAGCUGACCGCUUUGAGAGGCUGGUGGAGCUGGUCACCAUGAUGGGAGACCAGGGGGAGCUGCCCAUCGCCAUGGCACUGGCCAAUGUGGUGCCAGGAUCCCAGUGGGACGAGCUGGCCCGUGUGUUGGUGACGCUGUUCGACUCCCGCCACCUGCUGUAUCAGCUUCUGUGGAACAUGUUCUCCAAGGAGGUGGAGCUGGCUGACUCUAUGCAGACUCUGUUCAGAGGCAACAGCCUGGCCAGUAAAAUCAUGACCUUCUGUUUCAAGGUGUACGGGGCGGCGUACCUACAGAAGCUACUUGAGCCUCUACUUAAAGGGGUCGUCACCACCCCAGAGUGGCACAACAUCAGCUUUGAGGUGGACACAACCAGACUAGAACAGUCGGAGAACCUUGAGGAGAACCAGCGGAACCUUCUCCAGAUCACAGACCGGUUCUUCCUGGCCAUUAUCAACUCCUCCAGCGAGUUCCCUCCGCAGCUACGCAGUGUGUGUCACUGUCUCUACCAGGCUACUUGCCACUCUCUACUGACUAAAGCCACAGUUAAAGACAGAAAGGAAAACAAAAAAGCAGUGGUGAGCCAGCGUUUCCCCCAGGACAGUAUAGGGGCGGUGGGCAGUGCCAUGUUCCUGCGCUUCAUCAACCCUGCCAUCGUGUCGCCCUACGAGGCAGGCAUCCUGGAUGAGAAGCCCCCACCCAGGAUAGAGAGAGGACUAAAGCUCAUGUCCAAGAUCCUCCAGAGCAUUGCCAACCAUGUGUUGUUUACCAAAGAGGAGCACAUGAGGCCUUUUAACGACUUUGUGAAAAGCAACUUUGAUGCAGCCAGGCGGUUCUUCUUGGACAUAGCAUCUGACUCUCCUCCAAGUGACUCAGUCAACCACAGCCUGUCCUUCAUCAGUGAUGGCAACGUUCUGGCCCUCCACAGGCUGCUGUGGAACAACCAGGAGAGGAUCGGACAGUACCUCUCUAGCAACAGGGACCACAAGGCAGUGGGCAGGCGGCCGUUUGACAAGAUGGCCACCCUCCUGGCCUAUCUGGGGCCACCCGAGCACAAACCUGUGGCCGACACACACUGGUCCAGCCUCAACCUCACCAGCUCCAAGUUUGAAGAGUUUAUGACCAGGCACCAGGUCCAUGAAAAAGAUGAGUUCAAAGCCCUGAAGACCCUCAACGUCUUCUACCAGGCUGGCACCUCCAAGAAUGGCAACCCACUCUUCUACUACAUUGCUCGCAGGUUUAAGACAGGCCAGAUCAACGGAGACCUUCUAAUCUACCAUGUGCUGCUGACCCUGAAGCCUUACUACGCCAAGCCCUACGAGAUCGUAGUGGACCUGACCCACGUGGGGCCCAGCAACCGCUUCAAGACAGACUUCUUGUCCAAGUGGUUUGUGGUGUUCCCGGGCUUUGCCUACGAGAACGUGGUGGUGGUCUACGUGUACAACUGCAACACGUGGGUGAGGGAGUACACCAAGUACCAUGAGAGGCUGCUGACAGGCCUGAAGGGCAGCAAGCGGGUGCAGUUCAUCGACUCGCCGGUGCGGUUGGUGGAGCAUGUAGAGGCAGAGCAGCAGAAGCUCCCCGCAGCCACGCUAGCCCUGGAGGAGGACCUCAAGGUGUUCCACAAUGCCCUCAAAGUGGCCCACAAGGACACCAAGGUCUCCAUCAAGGUGGGCUCCACGUCCGUCCAGGUGACGUCAGCAGAGCGUACCCGUGUCCUGGGCCAGUCCGUGUUCCUCAAUGAUGUGUACUAUGCCUCUGAGGUCGAGGAGAUCUGCCUGGUGGAUGAGAGCCAGUUCACCCUGACCAUGGCCAACCAGGGUACACCCCUCACCUUCAUGCACCAGGAGUGUGAUGCCAUCGUCCAGUCCAUCAUCCACAUCAGGACGCGCUGGGAGCUCUCACAGCCAGACUCCAUCCCCCAGCACACCAAGAUCAGGCCCAAAGAUGUGCCGGGCACCUUGCUGAACCUCGCCCUGCUCAAUCUGGGCAGCUCUGACCCCAGCCUCAGGUCUGCAGCCUACAACCUGCUGUGUGCCUUAACCUGCACCUUCAACCUGAAGAUCGAGGGCCAGCUGCUGGAAACCUCAGGCCUGUGUAUCCCUGCCAACAACACCCUUUUUAUAGUCUCCAUCAGCAAGACGCUGGCCGCCAACGAACCCCACCUCACCCUGGAGUUCCUGGAGGAGUGCAUCUCCGGCUUCAGCAAGUCUAGUAUAGAGCUGAAGCACCUGUGUCUAGAGUACAUGACUCCCUGGCUGCUCAACCUGGUGAGGUUCUGUAAGCACAAUGACGACGCCAAACGUCAGCGCGUCAGCGCCAUCUUGGAUAAGCUCAUCACCAUGACCAUCAAUGAGAAGCAGAUGUACCCCUCUAUACAGGCAAAGAUCUGGGGCAGCCUUGGCCAGAUAACGGACCUGCUGGACGUGGUGUUGGACAGCUUCAUCAAGACCAGCGCUACAGGAGGCCUGGGCUCCAUCAAGGCUGAGGUCAUGGCUGACACGGCUGUGGCUCUGGCCUCAGGGAACGUCAAACUGGUCUCCAGCAAGGUGAUUGGCCGGAUGUGUAAGAUCAUCGACAAGACGUGCCUGUCUCCCACGCCCACCCUGGAGCAGCACCUGAUGUGGGAUGACAUCGCCAUCCUGGCCCGUUACAUGCUGAUGUUGUCCUUCAACAACUCUCUGGACGUGGCCACUCACCUGCCCUACCUGUUCCACGUGGUCACUCUGCUGGUGGCCACCGGCCCCCUGUCCCUCCGCGCCUCCACACACGGCCUGGUCAUCAACAUAAUCCACUCUCUCUGCACCUGCUCCCAGCUCAACUUCAGAGAGGAGACCAAGCAGGUCCUGAGGCUGAGCCUGACAGAGUUCUCCCUGCCUAAGUUCUAUCUGCUGUUUGGCAUCAGUAAGGUUAAGUCUGCUGCGGUCAUCGCCUUCCGCUCCAGCUACCGCGACCGCUCCUUCUCCCCCGGGUCCUAUGAGAGGGAGACCUUCGCCCUCUCCUCCCUGGAGACCGUCACUGAGGCCCUGCUGGAGAUCAUGGAGGCGUGCAUGAGGGACAUCCCAGCGUGCAAAUGGCUGGACCAAUGGACCGAGCUGGCUCAGAAGUUUGCGUUCCAGUACAACCCGUCCCUGCAGCCCAGAGCCCUGGUGGUGUUUGGCUGCAUCAGUAAGAGAGUGACCCACAGCCAGAUCAAACAGAUCAUCAGGAUCCUCAGCAAGGCCAGCCCCCUGCUCAGCAUAGACCGGGGGCUGGAGAGCUGCUUAAAAGGACCUGAUAACUACAACAGCCAGGUAUUGAUUGAGGCCACAGUCAUCGCUCUGACUAAGCUGCAGCCCCUUCUCAACAAGGACUCCCCCAUGCACAAGGCUGUGUUCUGGGUGGCUGUGGCUGUGCUGCAGCUGGAUGAACUCAACCUGUACUCUGCUGGGACGGCCCUGCUAGAGCAGAACUUGCACACUCUGGACAGCCUGAGAGUAUUCAACGACAAGAGUCCAGAGGAGGUGUUUAUGGAGAUCAGGCAUCCUCUGGAGUGGCAUUGUAAACAGAUGGAUCACUUCGUGGGCCUCAACUUCAGCUCCAACUUCAACUUCGCACUGGUGGGACACCUGCUGAAAGGCUACAGACACCCGUCCCCCACCACGGUGGCUCGUACGGUGCGUAUCCUCCACACGCUGCUGGCCCUGGUCGGAAAACACCUCAACUGUGACAAGUUUGAGGUCAACAGCCAAAGCGUGGCCUACCUGGCAGCCCUGCUCACCGUGUCAGAGGAGGUGCGUAGUCGCUGCAGUCUAAAACACAGGAAGUCUCUGCUGCUGUCUGAGGUGGCCAUGGAGAACAUUCCCAUGGAUACCUACUCUCUGCAACACACUGACCCCAGCUGCAGGACACUGAGAGAGUGCCAGCUGUGGGCAUCUCCCAAGGUGUCAGAACGCUAUCUGAAUGCCUACUAUCCUACGGUGGGGCAGAUCAGCCCCCGUACACGCAAGUCCAUGAGCCUGGACAUGGGCCAGGCCUCCCAUGCCAACACCAAGAAGCUGCUGGGAACCAGGAAGAGUUUUGAUCACCUGAUAUCUGACUCCAAAGCACCAAAGAGACCAGAGACCGAGUCUGGCGUCACCACCCCGCCUAAGGUUAGGUGCGUGGCCGAGAACGACAAUGAGAUAGACAACCAAAGAAUGGGCCACUCCCACCUCCGCAAGAUGUCUGUGACCGAGUCCAAUGUCCUUUUGGACGAGGAGGUGCUGACUGACCCCAAAGUCCAGGCCCUGCUGCUCACUGUGCUGGCCACCCAGGUCAAGUACACCACGGAUGAUUUUGACCAGAGGAUCCUGUACGAGUAUCUAGCUGAAGCUAGCGUCGUCUUCCCAAAAGUCUUUCCCGUCGUCCACAACCUGCUGGACUCCAAGAUCAACACGCUGCUGUCUAUGUGCCAGGAUACCAACCUGCUGAACCCAGUGCAUGGCAUCGUUCAGAGUGUGGUCUACCAUGAAGAGUCUCCUCCACAAUACCAACCCUCCUAUCUACAGAGCUUCGGCUUCAAUGGACUUUGGAGGUUUGCCGGACCCUUCUCAAAGCAAACUCAAAUCCCAGACUACGCUGAGCUGAUUGUGAAGUUCCUGGAAGCCUUGAUUGACCGCUACCUGCCAGGUACAGAGGAGGAGAGAAGCGAGGAGCAGCUCCGUACCCCCACCUCCCCAUACCCCCCCGUCACCCAGAGCCAGCUCAGCAUCACCGCUAACCUCAACCUCUCCAACUCCAUGACCUCCCUGGCCACCUCGCAGCACUCUCCAGAGGAAGAUGGAGAUGUUGAAUUCAUUCAAGUCGUGGAUAAGGAGAAUGUGAAGCUCUCCCCCAGCGCAGCUCUCUCCACCAGUGGACGGAUCCGCCAUGGCUCUGCCAGUCAGGUGCAGAAACAGCGCAGCUCAGGCAGCUUCAAAAGGCCUAGCAUUAAGAAGAUAGUAUGAGAAAAAGAGCGAUGGAGAGAGUAAAAGCCAUUCAAAGGCCUUCUGGCCCACCAUGCCACACAUCUUCCUGCACUCGUCUUGUUACCCUUUUUGUUUCGUUGUUUUCAUGAUGGACGGUGGAUCAACCUGAGGAUCAGUGUUGUUUUGGGGAUGUAGCUGCCUUUGUCUCUGUGUUCCUUUGGUUGUCAGGCAUCUGGAGCAUUGCAACAUGAGAGGUUUGGAUGGGUGAAGUUACUUGCGUACAGAAAGUUGGGCCAAGAUUUUUUCAAUUUAGUUUUUGUUUAUUAAAAGGACUGAAACUGUCAUGGUGACUGAAAUAAUCCAUUCCUUCAGUAGUCAUCUUGAUUUUUUUUCUCAUUCUGUUGAAUUCUCAAAGAAUCCAGAUAUCAGUUAUACAUACAUACAUACAUACAUACAUACAUACAUACAUACAUACAUACAUACAUACAUACAUACAUACAUACAGUUGGGCAAAAAAGUAUUUAGUCAAGCCACCAAUUGUGCAAGUUCUCCCACUUAAAAAGAUGAGAGAGGCCUGUAAUUUCCAUCAUAGGUACACUUCAACUAUGACAGACAAAAUGAGAAAAAAAUAUCCAGAAAAUCACAUUGUGGGAUUUUUAAUGAAUUUAUUUGCAAAUUAUGGUGGAAAAUAAGUAUUUGGUCACCUACAAACAAGCAAGAUUUCUGUCUCUCACAGACCUGUAACUUCUUCUUUAAGAGGCUCCUCUGUCCUCCACUCAUUACCUGUUUUAAUGGCACCUGUUUGAACUUGUUGUCAGUAGAAAAGACACCUGUCCACAACCUCAAACAGUCACACUCCAAACUCCACUAUGGCCAAGACCAAGGAGCUGUCAAAGGACACCACAAACAAAAUUGUAGACCUGCACCAGGCUGGGAAGACUGAAUCUGCAAUAGGUAAGCAGCUUGGUUUGAAGAAAUCAACUGUGGGAGCAAUUAUUAGGAAAUGGAAGACAUUUCACGCAAGAUCUCACCCCGUGGGAUCAAAAUGAUCACAAGAACAGUGAGCAAAAAUCCCAGAACCACAAGGGGGGACCUUUUUUUAAACCUUUAUUUAACUAGGCAAGUCAGUUAAGAACAAAUUCUUAUUUACAAUGACGGCCUAGGAACAGUGGGUUAACUGCCUGUUCAGGGGCAGAACGACAGAUUUGUACCUUGUCAGCUCGGGGUUUGAACUUGCAACCUUCCGGUUACUAGUCCAACACUCUAACCACUAGGCUACCCUGCCGCCCCCACCUAGUGAAUGACCUGCAGAGAGCUGGGACCAAAGUAACAAAGCCUACCAUCAGUAACACACUACGCCGCCAGGGACUCAAAUCCUGCAGUGCCAGACGUGUCCCCCUGCUUAAGCCAGUACAUGUCCAGGCCCGUCUGAAGUUUCCUAGAGAGCAUUUGGAUGAUCCAGACGAAGAUUGGGAGAAUGUCAUAUGGUCAGAUGAAACCAAAAUAUAACUCAGUGCUGAGUUGCAUCCAAAAAACACCAUACCUACUGUGAAGCAUGGGGGUGGAAACAUCAUGUUUUGGGGCUGUUUUUUUGCAAAGGGACCAGGACGACUGAUCCGUGUAAAGGAAAGAAUGAAUGGGGCCAUGUAUCGUGAGAUUUUGAGUGAAAACCUCCUUCCAUCAGCAAGGGCAUUGAAGAUGAAACGUGGCUGGGUCUUUCAGCAUGACAAUGAUUCCAGACACACCGCCUGGGCAACGAAGGAGUGGCUUCGUAAGAAGCAUUUCAAGGUCCUGGAGUGGCCUAGCCAGUCUCCAGAUCUCAACCCCAUAGAAAAUCUUUGGAGGGAGUUGAAAGUCUCUGUUGCCCAGCAACAGCCCCAAAACAUCACUGCUCUAGAGAAGAUCUGCAUGGAAGAAUGGGCCAAAAUACCAGCAACAGUGUGUAAACCUUGUGAAGAUUUACAGAAAACAUUUGAACUCUUGUCAUUGCCAACAAAGGGUAUAUAACAAAGUAUUGAGAAACUUUUGUUAUUGACCAAAUACUUAUUUUCCACCAUAAUUUGCAAAUAAAUUCAUAAAUUCUGCAAUGUGAUUUUCAGGAUUUUUUUUUCUCAUUUCGUCUGUCAUAGUUGAAGUGUACCUAUGAUGAAAAUUAUAGGCCUCUCUCAUCUUUUUAAGUGGGAGAACUUGCACAAUUGGUGGCUGACUAAAUACUUUGUUGCCCCACUGUACAUACAUACAUACAUACAUACAUACAUACAUACAUACAUACAUACAUACAUACAUACAUACAUACAUACAUACAUACAUACAUACAUACAUACAUACACACACACAACUUAUUCAGUGUAAGAACUGGACAACUUGAUGUUUGGUGACUGCUGCAUUAUGUGACAUAGGAAGAUGAGUGGGCGAAUCAAUGUUGGCGUCUGUGUUGGACCAUUAUGACAUUGGAAAAACAGAGGGAUAUUGAACCUGUAUACUGAAAGACAGGCUCUUGCCUCAGCUCCAACCCAACAGUCUACUCCAAACCAACCCCACUACUGCCUCACACCACCACCUCACAGCAAGGCUGCAGCAGCCAGUCGCCACCUCCAUCUAUGCCGGGUUGACCAAAUGUCGUCAGCAAAACCUUCACACCACAGUCUUAACCUGGAUUUGGACGCACAUUGUCAUUUUGAUUCUUCCCAGUUGUGUACAUAUUUAUGUAUAGAAAGGAUAUACUCAAUAAUAAUAAUAAUAAUAAUUGGGUUGUUUUAUCCAUGGUGUGCCUUUGUCAGGGUUUUCCGAUACGUUUAUGUUUGUAUAAUAUAUAUAUAUGUAUAAUUGGUCUGGAAAAGAACAGGUACUAAUUAUAUAGAGACUAUUAUGUUGACUCUAGGUGAAUGUAGAGAUGUGUUAACUAUGUCAUGAUCAUCAAGUAUACUAUCACCAAUAAUACCCUGCUGCCUGAAAGUAUUUAACCUGUACAGAUAGUCCUUACUAAAUAUUGAAGCUAUUCUUUUUUAAAAAUUUGCCAUGCAAGAAUAUGAAUUUCAAGAUACUGUAUAAACUGGUAAAUAUUUAAAGGCCUUUAUUUUAUUGAUUUGUAUCAUUUUUUCCGCUAUAUUUCAUUUGGAUUGGUUUACAGUUCUGACCGUGACUAGGAAAAUGUAGUAAUAUGCCAAACCCCAUCAGUAUUAGCAACUACUUGAAUACUUAAAUUGACUUAAUAUACAGUUUAAGUCGGAAGUUUACAUACACCUUAGCCAAAUACAUUUAAUCCUAGUAAACAUUCCCUGUCUUAGGUCAGUUCGGAUCACCACUUUUAUUUUAAGAAUGUGAAAUGUCAGAAUAAUAGUAUAGAGUGAUUUCUUUCAUCGCAUUCCCAGUGGAUCAGAAGUUUAUAUACACUCAAUUAGUAUUUGGUAGCAUUGCCUUUAAAUUGUUAAACUUGGGUCAAACGUUUCAGGUAGCCUUUCACAAGCUUCCCUCAAUAAGUUGGGUGAAUUUUGGCCCAUUCCUCCUGACAGCUGGUGUAACUGAGUCAGGUUUGUAAGCCUCUUUGCUCGCAUGCGCUUUUUCAUUUCUGCCUACUUAUUUUCUACAGGAUUGAGGUCAGGGCUUUGUGAUGGCCACUCCAAUACCUUGACUUUGUUGUCCUUAAGCCAUUUUGCCACAACUUUGGAAGUAUGCUUGGAGUCAUUGUCCAUUUGGAGGACCCAUUUGCAACAAAGCUUUAACUUCCUGACUGAUGUCUUGAGAUGUUGCUUCAAUAUAUCCACCUAAUUUUCCAUCCUCGUGAUGCCAUCUAUUUUGUGAAGUGCACCAGACCCUCCUGCAGAAAAGCACCCCCACAACAUGAUGCUGCCACCCCCCUGCUUCACGGUUGGGAUGGUGUUCUUCAGCUUGCAAGCAUCCCCCUUUUUCCUCCAAACAUAACAAUGGUCAUUAUGGCCAAACAGUUCUAUUUUUGUUUCAUCCGACCAGAGGACAUUUCUCCAAAAAGUACGAUCUUUGUCCCCAUGUGCAGUUGCAAACCGUAGUCUUGUCUUUUUUUAUGGAGGUUAAGGAGCAGUGGUUUCUUCCUUGCUGAGUGGCCUUUCAGGUUAUGUAGAUAUAGAUACUUUUGUACCUGUUUCCUCCAGCAUCUUCACAAGGUCCUUUGCUGUUGUUCUGGGAUUGAUUUGCACUUUUCGCACCAAAGUACGUUCAUCUCUAGGAGACAGAACGUGUCUCCUUCCUGAGCGGUAUGACGGCUGCAUGGUCCCAUGUUGUUUAUACUUGCAUUCUAUUGUUUGUACAGAUGAACGUGGUACCUUCAGGCGUUGUGGAAAUUGCUCCCAAGGAUGAACCAGACUUGUGGUCUGCAAAAAAAAAUUCUGAGGUCUUGGCUGAUUUCUUUUGAUUUUCCCAUGAUGUCAAGCAAAGAGGCACUGAGUUUGAAGGUGGGCCUUGAAAUACAUCUACAGGUACACCUCCAAUUGACUCAAAUGAUGUCAAUUAGCCUAUCAUAAGCUUCUAAAGCCAUGACAUCAUUUUCUGGAAUUUUCACAGCUGUUUAAAGGCACAGUCAACUUAGUGUAUGUAAACUUCUGACCCACUGGAAUUGUGAUACAGUGAAAUAAUCUGUUUGUAAAUAAUUGAUGGAAAAAUGACUUGUCAUGCAUUAAGUAUAUGUCCUAACUGACUUGCCAAAACUAUAGUUUGUUAACAAGAAAUUUGUGAAGUGGUUGAAAAACAAGUUUUAAUGACUCCAACCUAAGUGUAUGUAAACUUCUGACUUCAACUGUAUAUCAAAAUAUUGCUGUUGAUCACUGUGUAAGUCUACCACCUGUUUUAAGAUUGUGUGAUACAGAGUUGAUUGCAUUGAAGUUCUGGUUUGAUAAGAUUCCAAUACGUUUUCCUGAUUUCCUAUUCACAUACACAGAGGUGUCUCUUCUCUCUGGUUGAAUGAGGUUGAAUGAAUUCUACCUAUGAGUUCUCUCCUAUGGCCAAAUGAAAAGUUGUGAGGGGAAAUGAGGGCAGCCAUUACUUUGUCUGAAAGUCGUUGAUCCUCUAAAGUACCAGAGUCAUCCACACCCUUCAUCUUGAUUAUAACCUUUUCAUUUGUGCAUAUCAGUAAGGCUAUAUGGUGGAAGCUCUACCAUUACACCGUGUAUACCCAUCUAGAUUCCUGACCCUUUGUAUCUGCAGACAUGGAAGGGUUGGGAACGGCUGUUAAUGAACAGUCAUUGGGACAGGACCUCAAUCCCAGAUGCCCUUGCGUCAGAUCCAGGGACACUGCACCAAAUACUAGCUUGCACUAUGUGAAAGGAUAAUGAGGAUAUCCAUUCAUUCAAAACAUGUUUUAGAAAUGUUGCUUUUAAUGAACCAUGAUUACUUUUGUGUGUGUGUGUGUGUGUGUGUGUGUGUGUGUGUGUGUGUGUGUGUGUGUGUGUGUGUGUGUGUGUGUGUGUGUGUGUGUGUGUGUGUGUGUGUGUGUGUGUGUGUGUGUGUGUGUGUGUGUGUGUGUGUGUGUGAGAGAGAGAGCAAAGCUGUCAAGGCAAAGGAUGGCUACUUUGAAGAAUCUCACAUUUUAAAUAGAUUUGAAUUUGUUUAACACUUAUUUUUGGCUACUACAUGAUUCCAUAUGUGUUAUUUCAUAGUUGUGAUGUCUACACUAUUAUUGUACAAUAUAGAAAAUAGUCAAACUAAAUAAAACCCUGGUAUCAGUAGGUGUGUCCAAACUGGUACUGUAUAUCAGAACUUAAGAAGGGUACCAAAUGCAAUUUACACAAUUGGAUAACAAGGAAACCAAAUAAAUGAAUAAAUAUUGUUUUUGAAUCCAUGUGACAAAUAAGAUUAGACAACUGUCAGGGGAAACAGCUUGGAUGAAUUAAUCAACGUCGGAUAGUUUUGACUGUGUGUGAUAUUAGAUUGCUUCUUGUGUAAAUAUUUUCUGUCAGUUUUCCAUAGUUUUCUUCAGGAUCUAGAAUGGCCUUUUGGUGUCCAUUGGGAUGACAAGGAUAUAUAUUGUGAGUAACCAUAGACUCUCAAAUGAGUGGUUGGCAUGCACUAUUCUGAUUCACAAGCAAGAGUUUUGUGAAGUUGAAUAUCAUAAAAUGUAACAUUUUUUAUUUGAGGUGCAAAAUAUUUUGUCACUGGAGUGCUGUUCGGAAUGUUUUUCUUUAAGUGGUAUAUUCACAUUUUUUUGUACAAUUUGAAAAUGGUAUAUUUACUAUACUGUAAAUACUUGGGAUAAUAUUGUAUAAUUUCUUUUUUUGUAAAGCAGUAAUUUACUGUAUAAUGUGUAUAACACAUACAUGUAAUUAUUCCAUUGUAAAUAAAAGUUUUGCGCUCCACUUAAAAGCCA